AUGAGCGACGCCACUAGUAUUAGAAGACCAGUGGAAAUUCCUGAAUUCAAAGAGGUCAUCAGCGAUCUCUCAGACCAGCAAUUGACCAAAAUUCGGGCCGAACUGGAAAACAGUGUGAGACAUUUGGAUCGCUCUAAUCUGCGUCUCAAAAAAUAUAUAGCGAAAAUCGAGGGCAAACGGGAGGACACUCCCGAUGGUGUAGACGAGGAAGAGCUCGACAAGAUCGACGCCAACGAUCUACAAUUGUUCGAAGACUCGUUUCACGAAAACGAAAUAGUGCUGAAAAACCACUACGAAAGGAUUGAGGCGCUGAACCAAGAGGAAUCGUACCGUGCCAGUGGCUCGAAAGAACCCCCAACUGCAGAGGCUCAACAAAAGGCCAAAAUCAGAGCUGCAUCGUUCGACACCGACAACACCAACGGUGAUGCCAAUGCCGCGAAUAGUGUAUAUUUAUGA